AUGUAUCUUCAAACUUCUAAAUUUGAAGUACUGUCAAUGAUUGGUCAAAGUUCAGCACAUUAAGUGUUCAAAGCUUAGCAUAAUCUAACUUCAUAGUUAUAUGCAAUAAAAAUGGAAAAAUGUCCUAAUUCAGGACAAAUUGAAAAUGAAUUUAAAGUACUUAAAGAAUUAGAUGAAAUAGAAGGAAUUCCAAAAAUAAUCAACUAUGGAAUGACACCUGAUAAUAAGUAUAAUAAUAUGAAAGUAUUUAGAUCAUUUCUUAUAAUGCCUCUGUUAAAUUGUAAUUUACAUGAUGUUUUAAUAUGUUAAGAAUUGUCUUUAUCAUAAGUUUUAGCUAUUGGAUUAAAUAUUAUUGAGACUUUAGAAAAAAUUCANUAAAAUUACAGUUUAUUUUUAUUAACUAGAUAACUUUAAGACAGGUAAAAAUCUGUUUUUCAUAAAUUAUUGUAUACUUUAAAUCCAAUUAUAAAAAAUAAGAACUUUGUGUGA